CGCGUGCCGCUGUCAUAUACACCUGCAGCCUCAGUUCAGAGAGAGCUCUCCACAUUGCCAGAUUUGGCGCGUACAGUAACUCAUGGUAACGGAGAUUUUUGAGUUAACAUGUUAGCUUUUAGUUUAGGAAAUUGAAUGACUUAUACCUUUGAGUAAGGGCGUCUUUGACGUCUAAAAUCCAGAACAAUAUGAAGACCGACAAAGAUGCGUGUGAGAUGGGAGGUGUUACAGUGAACCGCUUCGCUGAAGAGGCUCCUUCAGCUGGGAUGACAAAGAAUGGAUACUUCUAUCAGGAGAUGGAACAGCGGGAGAAAGAGGAGCCAGAGGAUGGCAGCGAGGAGCGGGAGGAGGGCCAGGAUUCACCCAUUCCCUCUGCAGACGACAUCCACCUCUACGCUAACCAGAUACACCCAGGGGGGACAGAUUCAGAUGUCCAUGGAUCUGUGCUGCUGAACACCUCCAGGAGAUAUGUGAAGCUGAUGAACUUUGAGGAGGAGGUGCGCGCCCAUCGCGACCUGGACGGCUUCCUGGAGCGGGCGAGCAUCCUGCUGCACGAGGACGAGGCCUCACUGGACGACGUGCUCAAGACCAUGCUGCUCCACGUCUCCCAGGACCCGCACACCGCCGAGCCCGGCUGCAACUUCGAGGAGAUCAUGAGCCAUCUCUUCACCGACGCUGGCUCGCAGGAGGUCAAUGACAGGUCUCAAAGCUUCCUUUUCUAUGACAACGUGCACCUGCUCUCGGAGACCCUCCAGUGCGUCACGGCAACAGCCACCGGAGUUCAGUACCAGCAGUCCUGGCUCUGCAUACUCUGUAAUGUGAAGAGCCUGCAAAGAAGGCAUGUGUGUAUCUCUCGGCUGGAGCGGCCACAGAAUUGGGGGGAGAACUGCGCAGAGGUCCGCUACGUCAUCCUUAUCCUGUCGCCGCUCAAAAUGAAAAGCACCAAGACGGCUAUGGAGCUGGGGCGCACGUUUGCCACCAUGUUCUCGGACAUCUCCUUCCGCCAGAAGCUCCUGGAGACGAAGACGCAGCAGGAGUUCAAGGAGGCUCUGGUCAUCCAGAGGUACCAUCUGACCUCCGCCAAGCACAAGCCAGUCUCCGCCGAGGAGGAGGGCACUGAUCCGCAUAGCCACAAACCACUGAAGUCUGCAGAUACAAUGUUCUGUCUCUCAGUGCUGUGUGCUGAUAUCUGUUGUAGAGAUUUUUUCCGGUUGGGGAGAGGGAUCUAUGAGGAUUUGUGUCGACGUCUACCUUUCUACGCAUCUGACUUCACAGAUGGUAUUGUUGGCAGUAACAAAGCUCUGGGGAAGUACAUGACCACAGCCAUCUUCCUCUACAUCAUUAUGCUGCUUCCAGCCAUCGCUUUUGGCUCCCUCAAUGAUGAGAGCACACGCGGGGAGAUAGAUGUGCAGAAGACGAUCAUUGGGCAGAGUAUUGGCGGGAUCAUCUACUCCCUGUGUGCUGGGUCUCCCCUGGUGGUCCCUCUCACCACAGCUCCCAUCGCUAUAUUCAUAGGAGUGAUCCGGGGAAUCUGUGAUGACUAUGACCUGGACUUUGCUGCGUUCUACGCCUGCAUUGGCCUCUGGAACUCACUCUUUCUCAUCCUGGGAGGAAUCUUCAACCUCAGCCUCCUGGUGAAGCUAUUCAAGAGGUCUAUAGAGGAAGUGAUUUCUCUCUUUAUCUCCAUCGCUUUCGUGGUGGAUGCAGUCAAAGGCACAGUAAAAAUCUUCCUUAAGUAUUACCAUCCGCCCACGUUGGCCAAUGGCAGCAUGGCAGAGCUGCAGCGCGUGAACGAGGGGGUCGGGGUUAACAUUACAGGGGCGGGGGUGACCAUCUCAGAAUCCUUCAUUCUGUGCACACGGGCACGGCCCCUGCUCUGCCUGCUGCUCAUGCUUGGCACCCUGUGGCUGGGAUACACACUCUACGAGUUCAAGAGGAGUCCGUUCCUGCAUUAUAAAGUCAGGGAGAUUCUGUCAGACUGCGCUCUGCCCAUCUCUGUGCUCAUAUUCUCCUUCAUUGGGUCAUACGUUUUCAAUGACAUCGGCUUGCCGGUGUUUAACUUCAAUGAGGGGCCGAUUUUCCGCGUGGCUCCGUUUGAGAAGCUGUCCGGGGCGAUGGUUCUGUGCGCCAUGGGUCUGGGCUUCCUGCUGGCCCUCCUCAUCUUCAUCGACCAGAACAUUGUGGUGUCUCUUACCAACGCCCCUGAGAACAGGCUAAUGAAAGGCACGGCGUAUCACUGGGAUCUGACACUGUCAGGGAUUGUCAACAUUCUGAUGUCGGUGCUGGGGUUGCCAUGGAUGCACGCGGCGUUCCCUCACUCCUGCCUUCAUGUCAGGCAGCUCGCCUUUGUGGAGGAACGAGUCGAGGGGGGACACCUCUAUGAAACGAUAGUGAGCGUGAAGGAGACACGCGUGACGUCGUUGGUUGCGAACAUCCUGAUCGGUGUGAGUGUGUUCCUGCUGCCGGUACCCCUGCAGUGGAUCCCCAAACCCGUCCUGUACGGCCUCUUCCUCUACAUCGCCCUCACCUCCAUCGACGGCAACCAGAUGUGUGACCGCAUGGCGCUGCUGCUCAAAGAACAGACGUCCUAUCCUCCCACACAUUACAUCCGUAAGGUCCCGCAGAGGAAGAUCCAUUACUUCACUUUCCUGCAGAUGGUGCAGCUCCUGUUCCUCUGUACGUUUGGGAUGUACCCUUUACCCUACAUGAAGAUGAUCUUCCCCCUGCUCAUGAUCAUACUCAUCCCCAUCAGGAACUGCCUGCUCCCGCGCAUUAUCGAGGCUCGCUACCUGGAUAUCAUGGACGCGCAACACAUGUAGGGAGAGAGAGAGACUGAGCCCAGGCGCAAAGCCCUCUGGGGGCUGUAGUUCUGGAAUGCAAAACACUGGGAGGAAAUAGUCUGAUUUAAAACAGGGAACUGCAGCUGCACAGGUGGACCACUGGAAUGAAGAGAUGCAGCAAUGAAGGAGGAGAAGAAGAGAAAAUAAGCAAAAAAAAUGGACAGGAAAAAAUGAGAGAUGAAUAUAUAUCUACAGAAUGAUGAAAUUUGAGAAAGAAUAUAUUUUGAAAUAGAGGGAAGAUGAAGAAGAGAGAGGGAGAGGGAGGGAGAAAGAGCAAAAGGGAGGGAGAGAGUGGGAGAGAGAGAGAGAGAGCGAGAAAGAGAUAGAGAUUGCUCCCGGGAUCAGGUGUGAGUUGAGUAGAGAUACAGCAGCCUGUAGCAGUUCUAUCUGACCUCCAUUCCUCUCCACUGUUUUCCCUUUUGAGUUCCGUGCCAAAGAGUCACCUUCAACUCUCGCGUAUGUGUGUGUGUGUGUGCGUGUGUGCACGUGUGUGUGUCUGUGUGCAUGUGUCUCUGUGCUUAAUUAGACUCACACACACACAUGCAUACUUAAAAUGCACGACCAACAAAAACAGUCUCCCUUGUAGUAGACCUACACAUAUAAACACACACACUCCCAUACACACACUGUCUCAAAAAAAGUGACCAAUUCACAGACAUUCCUUUUCAUAAUGGUACACUAGUAUACAAAUUAAGGAGACAGCACAGACCAAAAUGUAGAAACAUACCCUUCUCUGAAAGCUGUGUAUCAGAGCAAUAUACAUAGUGAAUUAUCUGAUCAGUAUUUUAGAUAUUUCUAAGAGAGACGUGUUUGUCAUACUGUUAAUAUAUAGAUCUCUAGUUUGGAUACAGGUGUUUAAUGUAAAGUGUGUGUUCUGAGUGAAGUGACAUCAGACUCUGGAAAGGAAUCUGAACCCGUUUAAAGUUUGAAUCAGUUUUAUAGAGGCCUCACAUCACACACAUACACAUGUACACACAGAGACACGCGCACACAAACACACGCACACUAGCACACAUACAUACACACACACACACACACACACACACACACACACACACACACACACACAAGACAAAUAUAUAGUCACACAUCCAUCCAAGCAUGGCUUCUCUGAAUCAUACUGAAAACUAAAGACAAAAAAAUGCCUUUUCUAAAUGAACCCAGGGUUGUUUUAUUUAUUUUAAACAAAGAAAAUAUUAAAGUUUAUUAAAGUUGAAUUUAAAAGAUAUUUGAGUGCACAGAGACAGAGCAAUAUAUAGACAGAGAAACAGGCAGAAAGAGAGAGAGAGAGAGAGAUAAAUGUUUGGUUCUGAUUGUGAUAGACAAAGGGUAUUUGUCGUGUAUUAAUUCCCACACGGACUGGAACACAAGGUCGUUAAUGUCUUUAAGAGGAAACAUGUGACUCUGGAACAGGUGUUGCUCUGAUCCAGCAGUGACCAGUUCCGCAGUCUGCUACUCUAUAGGUUUCCUUAAUGGUAUAUCCCUCUAUUCUGCGUUAUUUGCCUCCUUCGACACAUCUUGUUUCUAACAUCCGCAGUCUUACUUACCCAUGCCCAGAUUGCACAAAAGGUUUUUUUUUAUUGAGGGGAAACAUCAAAGCCUGGCCAAAUCAGAGAUCUUUCACUUGCAGCACUGAGCCUGACUGACAUAGUUGCUGGAGAUGAGAGUGAAUUGCUAAGAGUUCAUUAGUUUUUUUUUUCUUUUCUCUUUAAAUAUUUAAUAUCAAAACUAAUUUCCAGGGAACUCUCGAACCAGCAAUAAUGUCACUGUGAGUUGUGAGUGGGCUAAUAUGACUUUUUUGUGGUUUUCAUUUAAUUUAAAACAUUGAAAUGGGUAAAUCUAGCACGUUUGUUUUUUCAAAUCUUCAGGACUUUGGCCUACUCGUAUGUCAGCUCAUGCACAUUUGAACUGUCCAUAUGUCCACUGUUGGCACCUGUGGGAAGUGCACCAAUUUCCCAUAUGCUUCUGCACAGCUGAGACAUACAUUAGCCAAGGUAUCUCAGAUAUCUCAGUCACAAGGGUAGCCUAUCCACUCAUGCUCGCUCUCGUUGAUGCAUACGACAUAUUGCAUUUCACACCUGAAAGCCGAGGCUGUUAGAAGAGGUCAUCCUGAAGCUGUGUGAACAAUCAUGGCCACUCUAUUCCAACCAUAUGAAGCAUCAGUUCCGUGUGUUAAGGCAUAUCAAAGCAAUGCCUGUGUCAGAACCUGUGUGACAUUUCACCAUGUGGCAGAUUUUGUGUUUAGGCAGUAUAGGGACUGAAGGGCCUGAAAAGCGAUACAGUUCAGUACCCCUAGAAAUAUCAUCUGUUUCGGACUACUUGUCAUUUAUGCUGUUGUAUUUGCAAGGCGUGUAAGCAUGAUGUUUUGAGGCUUGCCCCUCAGUAGACCAAGAGUUCCAAUUUAGUGUUUUUUUUUUAGAAACAGACGGAGGGUGGGGGGAUACCUCAGAAAAAAAAGAAAGAAAGGAAAAGCGAUAGAGAAAAGGAGACAUAAUUAGCAUAAUCUCUUACUAAAUGUAAGAGAGCUCUUGAGAGACAGAGAGAAAGAGGGUGGGGAUUAGAAGAUAUUAUGUACAGUUUUUUUUCAAAGUGAAGUUUAGUUUUAUCAAUCUAUCACACCAGUUCAUACAUUAGUCAUCCCCGACACUCUCUCUCCUCACUUUAUCUCCAUGGAGACAGGAGAACCUCUGGUCUGUAAUGGUGUUGUUUUUCUGUCCUUCCGUCUGUGGGUGAUCCAACAGCGCCCCCUCUCUGUCGUUCCCCAAAUUACAUUGGAUUCUCCUCACGAUUACUAUCAGAAUAUUCCUCUCCGUUUGUGAACCUUAUAUCUGAAUUUCCGGUUUGUUUAAAGAGUUAUGUUUCGUGCUGUUCUGUUCCUUCUGUUAUUAGCCUUUUUUUCUAAUCAUGAAUGUACAAUGUGUAGAUUUUUAUAUAGCAUUUAACAAAAACAUUGUCAAAAUAAUAAUUUUGUCAACAGAUAAGCUAAGAAUUUGUAAACUGCAUACUUGUGAACAAAUGAGAGAAAUGUCUAUCUGAGCAAUCGUGUGAGGAAUAUGAGGUUUAUGCUAUACACUGAAAAUAAAUCAUUUCAAGCUGGUUGCCAAAUAAAGGCCAAAA